CCUCACCCACCUCCCUCCUCUCUCUCUCUCUCUCUCUCUCUCUCUCUUUCUCUCUCUCUUUAUCUUUUUAAUCUCUCUUCUUCCUUCUCCCAAAGCUGAGUAGCGAGAAGCCAACAAUGGAGGGCGUCUCCGUUAAUGUGUACAAGGGGCUGAGGGGCUACUGGGCCAGGAGGGGCUACCAGCGCCUGGGCAAUGGCGGACGGGCCACCCCCGCCGACUCUUCUGGCCGGAGCCGGCGGCGGCGGCGGUCCUUCAGGUGGCGGCGCGUGAAGGUGGCCCCGCGCGUCAAGCUCAUGAAGCUCAUCAUCCGGUCCCCCAAGCGGUUCCUCAUCUGGCUCCGGGACGCCUACGUGAAGAUGAUGAUGGGGUUCGCCACCUCCCGGGUCUGCAGCGCCGGGUACGGCGGCUCCGUGGCCGACGCCGACAUGAGCGGCUUCGGGAGGGGCCCGCUCAAGGAGUAUGACCAGAAAAUGAUCGUCGAGAUCUACAAAUCACUGAUGGUUGCUCAGGGCCAGCUCGUCCCCCAAGCAGGGGUUCCCCGCUCCGGGGUCGUCGUCUGCCGCCGGUGAUAAGUCAAAGCGGAGAGGGGUACCUAGAUUCCUCAAAAGCUGGACUCUGCCCCAAUUCCCGGCAAGCGCCGCAGGAGUCUGCCCGGAUAUUCCGGCCCAAUGCAGCAAAAGAACCGGGGGUGGAUUGACAACUCGACGAGAUGGGCUUCCGACAAAUCUCAAGGAAAGAUCAUUUUUCUUAUUUUAAUCAAUUAAUUUUCUCUCCGUUUCUUGUAACUGCAAUACUCGUAAAAUUUUCUUGAACAAGGGGUACUUUUUUAUUUUUAUUUUUUCCCCAUUGGCCAAUAAUUUUUUAUUUUUUAAAGAAUUAUAGUUUUCCAUAAUAAUAAAUCAUGAGUCAAGUAAUUAGAAACGUCGAGAAUAGUGAUGGCUCAACGUGUGUCGUAGUUGACAGGGUGAUGUGAGAUGUGAUCCUUGUUUGGUGUCUCAUCAAUCGAAUAUUAUGUAAUGGAGUAAUCAAAUUAGGUAAGGAGAAGAACCCAAUUAAAUGUGC